UUGAGUUGACGUAUCUAUUUGAGGUUAUAAAUAGAAGAUUUUGUCAGUAUCUGUCAAUCGAAAGCACCUUACAAACGUCUCGAAAGUUUGUGAAUAAAAAUUUAAUUUUCAAUUGAACUAUUAGUAACUUCAUAAGAAUUAUUUAUAAACACUCCCAAAAUAUUAAAACACACUUCACGUUUGUUCACUACGUUAUUCUGAAGAUGACAAUUACGACGGAAGCCGCAAAAGCUGCCCUCGUCGAUGUUUUGACAGCUUUAGAAGAACCAGAAAAUGUACAAAAAAUUAGCAGUGCCAAAGACAGUGCUGGUAAUGAAAUGUUAAAAACAAUGCAAAUUGUAUUUCCAACUGUAAUGCAAAUUCAGAUGGAAGUAAUAAAAAAGUAUGGUUUCACUGAUGGAAGAGAUGGUGCAGUGCAAUUUGCACAGUUAAUAAGAGCAUUAGAAAAAGAAGAUGAGGAAGUAGCGAGACUGCAUGCUCAAAUACAGUCAUAUUAUCUUCCUACCAUGUCGUAUAAUUCAUCAGAUGAUACUUCUUUAUAA